AUGUCUUAACUGAAAAAUCCAAAGAACUCUUCAAGAUAUUAGAAUAAUAUACAUAAUAACGAUCCUUAAGAACAACAAAUGAAUAACCAUCAAUCUAAGGUUCUAUCUGAAGAUUCACCUUUUAAUGUGUCAAAAAUAUUAAGAGCUAAACAAUAAUAAAGCAAUAUUUUUCAUCUUCCUUAAAAAGAUUAAAUCGAUUUUAAAGUUGUAUCUAACUAAAAUAAUGAAAGUAGUAUACAAAUUUAAUUUAGAACUACUACCUUAUGAUAUUUUUUGGUGGAAUAGUUAAAAUGUAAAAGAUAAAAAGAAAUCAGACUAACUGAAUAAUUAAAUUCAAAAUUCCAAAAUUAUUCAAAGCAGACCUCAAACAGGUGAUCAACAAAGAAUUCAAUCUGAAUAAAUUCCAAAUUAUUCUGAUUUAACAGAAGAAUAAUUUUUAUAAAUGUAACAGCAACAAUAUUAAUUAUUUUUAUAAUAACACAAUCAACAAUAAAAGUAUCAAUCUAAAUCACAAGAAUUAUAAAAUUUAUAAUAACAUAAUAAUUAAUAAUAACAAAAGGUAUAAUAAAAGCAAUAAAAUAACAAUAAAUAAUAACAAUAAACUAAUGAUAAUUAAAAGAGUGAAAAUAAUAAUCAAUAGAUGGAAACAGCAUCAUUUCAUGAGAAACCAAAAUCAGCUGAACCAAAGACUAAAUAGAAUGAAAAUUAUAUAAAGAAAUAAGAGAAAUAAUAUUAUAAAAAAGAAUAAAAAAAAUAAAUUGCAAAUUAAUUAUAAAAUCCUGAAAAAUUGUAUAAUAAAAUAAAUAAUCCAAAUAUAGAAUUGAAAUAAAGAAAUCCUAACUUUUCUGAUGUUUUGGGAAAUGGAUUGUAAAAAUAUUAUGAAUAGAGACCUUAAUAAAUAAUUGUUAAAAAAUCUCUUUAAGAUUAGUUAUAAGAGAGUGAAUUAUAUGGAGUAAAAUAUCAUUAAAGAUAAUUAUUAAAAGGUAUGAGUUCUUAAAUGGACACACAUAAAUAUUAUGAUUAAAUGUUAGAAUAGCAAAACUAGAAUUAUAUUAGAUUAUAGUAACCAAAAAGUUCUUCAAAAUCCCCAUAGAAUUCUCCUGGAAAAAUGCUUGAGAAAGAUGAAAAACUAUUUUCAAAAAGUGUUUAUACAGAAUUAACAAUUCGAGGAAUGGGGAAAGAAGUUCAUUGGGAAAAAUUGACAAAUCAAUUAAAUAUUAAUUAAAUGAACAUUGUAGAUAUUGAUGUUGUUAAAAAUAAGUAAGGUUAAAUCAAAUAGCAUAAAAUAAUAAUAAAACAUUUAGAUUCAGCAAAUUUAUAGGAUAUAAAAUAAUGGGUAGUUACUUAAGGAGGCAGAAUAGUUGAUGAAAAAUAAAUUAAUUAGGAAGAGUUUUAAAGAGUAUAACAACAAAAAGAAGGAUUAUCAAAUUAGAAAUAAUAGAAAGAAAAAGAAAAUUUGACAUAAAAAUAAAAGAAAAGACCAGCUAGUGCAAUGGCAAUCAAAAAAUAAAAAAAAUGA